AUUAUAUAGAAUGAUCAUGGAAGAGAAAAAGAAAAGAAAGAAGGCUGUCCCGAUUGAAAUCAUCCCUGAUAAGCUUUACUGGAUCUCGGAUAAGGACCCACCCAGAAGUAGCAGCUCUGCCUACUACUUCUGCAUCGACGAUGCGCUGGUGUACAAUCCCUUCUGGAAAGACUUUGGCCCAUUGAACAUGGCCAUGAUGCAUAAGUUUUGCAAGGAGUUGGAAAAACUAAUGAAGAGCAAGAAAUACAACAAGUAUAAGAUUUACCACUACACCUCAACAGAUAAGGAGAAACAAGCAAAUGCUGCCUUUCUGAUGGGUGCAUUUAUGAUCAUCGUCCUGAAGUACAACGCUGGUAAAGCUUGGGAGGUUUUCAAGGAGAGCGGCAUAUCUUUCAAGCCCUUCAGAGAUGCGAUCAUGGGCGAGUCCACUUACAAAUGCACUAUUAAGGACUGCCUGAACGGACUCUAUUUCGGAAUCCAGCUCGGCUGGUAUAACUAUGAGACUUUUGACACUAAAACUUAUGAGAAAUUUGAGAAAGUAGAGAACGGAGAUAUGAAUUGGAUUGUCCCUGAAAAGUUCCUAGCAUUCGCUGGCCCUGCUAGUAAAAAGUACGAUGAGGAUGGCUAUAGGCAGUAUACCCCAGAGGACUAUAACCCCAUCUUCAAAAAGUUCGGAAUUGACCUUGUAGUUAGGUUAAACAAGAAGAAGUAUGAUGAGACAAUCUUCUCCGAAGGUGGCUUCGAGCAUCUUGAUAUACCAUUCGAAGAUGGAACUAUCCCUCCACAGGAUGUAAUUGACAAAUUCUUAGAGAGAGCCGAAGAUACAUCUGGAGGAAUUGCAAUCCAUUGCAAGGCUGGCCUUGGAAGAACAGGGACUCUUAUUGGACUUUACUGUAUGAAGCACUACGGAUUUCCUGCUGCUGCUUUUAUUGGAUGGGCUAGAAUCUGUAGGCCAGGAUCUGUGCUUGGACCCCAGCAACACUACCUCAACGAGAUCGAAGAGGAGAUGAUGACACAGGGAGAUAGCUUAUAUAAGAAGGAAGAACUUAUCUCAGAAAUGAGCGAGAUGACCCUUGAAGAUAAGAAGCUUGAGAUGUCUCCUGAUGAGAAGAGAAUCAGAGAAAAAGGAGAUAAGGGACAAGCUAAAAGACUCAAAGAGCAAAAAAGAAAGCAUAACUUCUAAACAUCUGCACCAGAUCAGUCUUCUUCCACUCGCUCUGCUACAAAGGCCCUUGGUCAUUGAAGAAUCCCCUGUCAGCCAGUUGAAUAGGUUAAGUUAAAAUUAUGCUUC